AUGCUCCCCCCGCCAAGGCGGGGAUCUGACUCCAUGGAGAUCGUUUGCAAGCUUCGGCACACCCGGGGUGUCAUGCCGUCUUGGGGGUUCCGCCACCCAUUGAGAAAAAGGGAAGGAGAUAAAAAAACAACGACCCAUCUGAAAUCUUACGGAUACAACCUGCCUGUGGGGACCGCCAACCUGGGCGUGGGUGACCUGGGCUGUGCACCUGAAGGACUUGUCUUUCCAUUCGGCCUGCAAGCUGGAGUUGCAGGUCACCCACUCAAGCAUGGCCAAGGCACAACUGCCUUUCCACCGGCCAUGCUUGUUACUCCUGGCGACGGUCGGAACAGCCGGGAUGCACAACCGAAAGGCGACGACAUGAGCCGCAGGGAGAGCUAA